AUGAGAACAAUGUCGAUAAGCGUUAUGACAUUUAUAACACUGUUUGUGUCGCAAACUUUAGCUCUCGAAGAGCCAAACAAUAUUUCCUAUGAAUCACUUGCGCAAUGUCUCGUCUUGGCCGCAAAAAAUAGUUUAAUGUACAAACCUACGAUCGUUAUUAAACUAGCGACAGAGGAUCGUGACACCAGAAAGUCAAGUUUAAUUGAUACCAUCAUAGAGAAAACACAUUCCAGCGGCAUUCCAGUAGUCGGUAAUAAUGAUAUCGCCAUCGCUUCGAUCGGAGACUAUUCACACACACAUAUCUUUAUUAUUGAUGAAUGUGAAGAAAUAAGUAAUAUUAAUUUUAAAGAUGAUCACGUAAAAUUUUUAAUUGUUUUUCUUAACGAUAUUGAUAACUGCAAGCGUAAACUUCGUCUCAACGAGGACUUGAUCAACGAAGAUGUAACAAUACUUUAUCCAAUAGAUAAUGAACAUUUUAUUUUUAUGAGCGCAGUUUUUCAAAUCAAUGAAACAAUCUGCAGAGUCUCUGAAGAAGUAAAUUUUGAAAUUAUUAACUCGUGCGUGGGCGGAUCUUUGACGAGCGAUGAUAACAUAUUUCCAAAGAAAAUAAUAAAAGAUUUAAAACGUUGUCCUUUAAAUGCCGGUAUUGGAGAAUUGUAUCCGUACAUGAACUUUAAGAGUGAAACUGGCAAAUACGAAAAUCUUAACAGCAUUAUGGAGUCGGACAUUAAGGGUUCUGACGUAAAAUUGUUGAAAUUGAUAUCGGAAUAUUUUAACGCUACUGUUAAGUUCUUUUAUAUUUAUAAAGAACCAGAAAAUCCAUACACAGACACCGAAUUUGUUAAACUAUUGCUGAAUGGAAGCUUAGAUAUAUGUGCUGGAGGAUUGUACAGAAUUUUCGGAGAUGUCGUAGAAUACUCCGGUGUGUAUACCAGGCAGGCGGUAGUAUGGGCGUAUAGCGUAGGACGAGAACCGAGGUCUUGGCAAUCGUUCAUGGCAAAAGUUAACGGACUUUACAUCUUCCUAAUUUUCUACGCGGUUCAUAUAUUCAUCUGGAAGGUCAUCUGUAGAAUGGACAGGCAAGUUUUUUCAUUUAAACAAACGCUCCUGCUCAGUUGGGGAGCUCUUAUUGGAGCUUCAUCGUUAGACGACGCAAGAACUAUUAAGCAGAAACUUGUAAACGGAAUGUAUCUCAUACUUUCCCUUCACUUGUCAGCAUAUAUAAGCGUUCAAUUGUACUCGUAUUUGACUAUACAGUCCCCACCACAAAUGUAUAAAAGUAUCGAUGACCUCAUGGGAGCAGGGGUGAAACCGUAUCUUAAGCCUGCUUCGAAAUAUUUCAUUAAAGAUCGCAAGUACGAAAGGAUUGCAAAUACUUCCGGAGAUUGUGACAAUUUUAGACACUGCCAAGAAGUCAUUUUAGAAAAGAAAGGAACGACUAUUCUCAUAGAUGGAUAUAUGCCCAUCUAUCAAGUUGCUACGGCCGUUAAUGACGAGGCAAGAGUGAUACAAAUGCACGGAGAUAUCCUAUUCAUAUAUCAUGAAAUGAUUCUACGAAAGGGUAUCUACUUCGGCCCUUCCUUACGACAGGUGCUUCUUCAUUUGUUCGAAGCUGGCAUUUGUAAGAGGUUGUACGACGAGGCAAUCGGUCUUCUGCUCACAGACAAAGCCAGGUUUGCCGCUAAGAAUGUUAUGUCGAACAGCUACAGUUGUCUGGCGGGAUGCAAGAUCACUUUGAGGCAGUCUGCCGGCGCAUUUUACAUUUGGAUUUUUGGGUAUAUAUAUGCAAGGCUAGAACUUUAUUUUCCGUGUAAACGAAACGUGCAAGACAGUACUGAAUUCGAGUGUGCGGGGCUACCAGAGUCGCUGAGAAAUUCCAGUUAUUCAUUUACUAUCGCCUUACAAUUUACAGAUUAUAAAAUUGAAGUUCACUGUGCCGUACCGAUCGAUAUCGUAACUCAAGUGCCCGGGCAUACAUACCGGCCUAUUAUAAUGUUCAUCCCGGAUAAGAAGCCGAUUCUGUCCCGCCGAUACGACAAAGACGGCGAAUAUUAUACUGACAAGUUAAUAAAUACAUUCAGGAGUAAGUAUAAGAAAGAUUGGGUCAAAGUUAGGGAUAGUUAUUACGUCGACGAUGUGGAUAUACCCUUUAAUUCGGCGAAAUCGAAGCGUAUAGUACCGGGGGUAGGACAUGGGGCUGAUACGCAUUUCAGGCAGCUGCAGCCGAUCUUGAAGAAAAUGCUGCUUAGCGGUUUCGUUAACAACAAGGUGAUGGAUGCUGUGAAGCGGUGGCAAUACAAUAAUUGGUGGAAGGAAAGAAGUCGGUGGCCGAAAAGAGGCGCUCGCGGAGGAAGCGCAAGCUUGGAACACAGACAAUUGUCAAUCUAA